AUGGAUUUGGUAUGCCAACAUUGCAAUGCUCUGAAAUUUCACUCGGAAACAGCAGGAUUCUGUUGUUCAGGUGGCAAAGUGAAGUUGCCACCACUGGCUCAACCACCAGAACCAUUGCUAUCAUUGUUGACUCAAGACUCGCUGGAAGCAAAACAUUUUUUAACGAAUGUUCAUAAGUAUAAUAGCUGCUUUCAAAUGACGUCUUUCGGAGCGAAUAUCGUUGAAGAAAGUGGAUUCAACCCAACGUUUAAGGUAUAUUUUCAUUGAAAUAAUCUAUCUUUGAACAGUGGACAGUUAAAAUAUAAUUUAUAACUGAACUGAAUUAUGACUUCCUCUGUACUAGGAUUAUCUCACCCAUUUUUAUAUUAAUCAAAAACCGUUUCAGAUUCAAGGUCAAAUUCACCAUAGAACAGGAUCGUUAUUGCCACCGAUAAAUGAAGAUCAUAAAUUCCUUCAAAUAUAUUUCGUUGGAAAUUAUGAAACAGAAAUUGAUAAGCGUUGUGCCAUCAACCGUGCUAUGAAGCGUCACAUCAUUGGAGAACUACAAGAACUUCUCCACGAACAUAACGCUUUGAUUCGGCUAUUUAAAACGGUCUUGCAGGUUAUGCCUUCUGAUGAUCAUACGAAUGCACAAUGGCAAACAAACGAGCAUUGGAGGCACUAGAUAGAACAAUGAGAGAUCUACGAAGCAACGCAAGACACUUUGGAGGGGCACUUAUUGUGUUGGCAGGCGAUUUUCGACAAACGCUUCCCGUUAUUCCGCGAUCAACGGCAGCAGAUGCAAUCAACGCUUGCCUUAAACUCUCUCAUUUGUGGCGUUUUGUGAAGAAGCUGAAAUUGACAACCAACAUGCGAGUGCUGAUGCAAAAUGAUUCGUCCGCAGAUGUGUUCUCAAAUCAAUUGUUAGCCAUUGGUAAUGGGGAAAUACCAAUCGAUGUUUGCAACGGAUUGAUUACACUGCCGCCGAAUUUCUGCCAUUACACAACGACGAAAGAGGAACUGAUUACUAAUGUAUUCCCAAAUAUCAUACACAAUUAUACAAAUUACGAUUGGUUGAGUGCACGUGCUAUUUUGGCAGCAAAAAAUAAAGAUGUCGAUGAGUUGAACUUCGCAAUUCAAAAUGCAAUUCCUGGACAUUUGUGUCAAUUCAAGUCAGUAGAUUGUGUGACUAAUCCUGAAGAAGUGACCAAUUAUCCAACGGAGUUCCUAAAUUCAUUGGAUUUGCCAGGAUUUCCACCGCACAAUUUGCAGCUAAAGAUUGGAUCAGUCAUCAUCAUGCUCAGGAACCUCAACCAACCUAAGUUAUGCAAUGGGACAAGAUUAGUAGUCAAGCAACUCAAAAACAAUAUAAUUCAAGGAACAAUACUCAAAGGGAAAUUCCAGGGCGAAGAAGUGCUUAUACCCAGAAUUCCUUUAAUUACUACCGAUUUACCAUUUGAGUUCAAACGCAUUCAAUUUCCCGUACGCCUUGCAUUCGCUAUGACUAUAAACAAAUCUCAAGGUCAAUCUUUGGAGGUAUGCAGAGUGAAUCUUGAGUUUCCAUGCUUUUCACAUGGUCAAUUGUAUGUGGCAUGCUCGCGUGUUGGUAAGCCAUCGUCUUUGUUUAUUUAUGCACCAGACAAAAAAACGAAAAACGUAGUUUACCACAAAGCAUUGAAUUGACUUUUAAUGUGAUUA